CUGGGGGCUCCCAUCUUGACAACGCAUCACCACAUAAAAUGCCCGAAUCUACUGCACUUCUGCCUGACCUGACGCCAGGGUUAAAUCACAGAACGAAUACCUUUCAUUACUCUCCAGUCGCAUUCGCACAUUAGUAAACGGCAACAUGACCGUUUCAAGAGGCUAUAGUACCUACAGAUACUUCUAACUGGGGGAACUCUUUUCCUGCCCAAGAAACGAUCAACAGUUGGGGGGCACUUCUUUAUCCCGCAGUCCACACCCGUCCCCGGUUCUAUCAAGAAGGUGGCUCCCUCAGUCCAACGAGGCGACGACACGAGCUGCGUGGGAAUGGACAAUCCCACGCUGCUUUUGAUUCAAAGUCUGUGAGGAGUUGCUUGGCUUGCAUGCUCGGUACAUGUAUCGCAUUGUCCAUAUCUUGUAUUGUACCGUCGUGCCUGAGCAUUGCCUCGUGGUGUCGUUGAAGACGUCCACAUCAAAGACGAUAUACCUCGGGUUGGAAGAUACCUCGAGGAACGCCAGGUUCGUUCGCAAUUGCGAACGAACAGCAAAGGAAGAGGAGAAGUGUCCCCUCUUCCUGGCCCCCGGCCGGUCUUUGCCCCGUUACAUUCCCAUUCCAUUCUGGUCUUGUUCUCCCAAUCUCUUGCUGGCCUGUUCUCCAUCCCGCCCUGCCCUGCCCUAUCCAAACUUCUUAGCUCUCGAUAUUCACCCUAUCCUGUCCUAUCCCCUUUCAUCCCAACCCAUCCUCACCCUCGUUAGCCCGGCACGCUCGUUGGAUCAGAGUUUCGAUCAACGGCGGGCCCCGUCUCGUUUCCCCGUAGUCCCGGCUUUCCCUAAUCGUCCUGACGUCUGCCCAUCGUUCAACUUGCCCCAAGUUGCCUUCGUCUCCAUCUCUGGCGUGUAUCCGUUUGACCGCCCUCCUCUUCCUCUUCCUCCUCCUUCCCCUCGACACCGCAUCCGUCACGAAUCAGGACCAUACUAUGGCCCCUCUCCGGACGCUUGAAAGGCCGGUUCGGCUUGCGUCUGACUGGAUCGAUAGAACACAUACGACCCGCAUGGCCCUCCGUCAUACGUCCUCUUUUACCUCCCAUCUACGGCCAUGGCGUGUGUGUCCUGUCCGCCAGAAGAAGACGUCGUCGUUGGAUUCCCGGGGGGAGGGGUGUGUGACUGCCAUCGACCAAAUGAACGUACUGUUUGCCUUCCGGACUCUUCUGCGUACACUUCUAGAUUCUACACACACCUCUUACACCCACACCUUCUUUCACACGCCUCGGCCCCUUUUGGAGCUAAAGCACCUUCUAUCCUUCUUGACACCGCACGGGCGUGGACGGAAGGG